AUGUUUGUUUCUUCAAGAAGAUUAUUAUUACUCAACUUUUCUCUCUUCUCUUCCUUCUUAUUCCUCAUCAAAGCUCCUCUUUAGCUUCAUCCCCUCUCACUUUCUCCUCUCUCUUUUUGAGAUAUAGAGAGAGAAAAUAGAGAAAAAAAGAAUCAAAUCUUUCAGACACCCUUUUGACUUCUUAGCUCAAAGAAUCUCUCUCUUUUAUUUUACCCUUAGAGAAAUCAUUUAAAAUUCCUAAGCAUCACCCUCACGAGAAAGAAACAAAAGAAAAGUCAUCACCUAUCAUCAUCACCACCAUCAGGAGCAGCAGCUAUAUCAAGAGAGGUUUCUAAAAGCUUGUUUAAUUAUGUCCAUGGAAGGAGUAUUUCUAGAGAAACCAAAAUCAAACACAACUACCACUCUCCCUGAUCUAUCUCUCAACAUCAGUCUCCCAGAUACUCAUCAUCAUCUUCGUCACAAUGAACUUUCAAGAAGAUCAUCCCAAACCGACAACAACAGAUCAUCAAACUUGGAACUCUCCUUGUCUCAUCAUAAUAACCCUAGUUCGAGUCCAAGCUCAAGAAUCCUCCAUUGUCCCGAUCCAAGAAACCUUAAUCUUUCUCAUCAUCAGCAUUACAACAACUCUAUUCUUAAUGGUAGAAGUCUUCACCAAAGGGUAGAUGAAUCCGAUAUUAAUAAUAUCCACCGUCCGAUUAGAGGCAUCCCGGUCUAUCACAACCGUUCAUUCCCAUUUCAUCAACAAACGUCUCAUUCGUCUUCUCUUGGAGGAGGAGACUUGGAUUCAAGCUCAAUCUUAAACUCAUCUUCCGGCUAUAACAACGCUUACCGAUCAUUACAAUCUUCCCCGAGGUUAAAAGGUGUUCCUGUGCAUCAUCAUAAUCACUAUGGAGUCGUUGGAUCUUCAGAUUCUUCUUCUCCUCAUCAUCAUCAUCACCAUCAUGGGAUGAUCAGAUCAAGAUUCUUGCCUAAGAUGCCGACAAAGCGGAGCAUGAGAGCUCCGAGGAUGCGUUGGACCAGUAGUCUCCACGCGCGGUUUGUUCACGCCGUUGAGCUACUAGGCGGCCAUGAAAGAGCAACUCCAAAGUCGGUUCUUGAGCUCAUGGAUGUAAAGGACUUAACUCUAGCUCAUGUGAAGAGCCAUUUGCAGAUGUAUCGAACUGUUAAGACCACUAACAAGCCUGCUGCUUCAUCAGAUGGGUCAGGAGAAGAAGAAAUGGGCAUAAAUGGAAAUGAAGUGCAUCAUCAAUCAUCGGCAAAUCAAAGGGAAAAAUCUGACGAUUCUUCUCAUCAAGAAAUUGACUUUCCUUCCACACAACCUCGUUGGGGCAACUCUUCACGAGAGACAUGGCGAUCAAGUAGUAAUUGCUCAAGCGACAUAGAUACAAUGGCCAGGACUUCAUCAACACCAAUGAUCUCUCACCAUCAAAGAUCCAUCCUUCUAAAUCAGUUAGCUCGCAGGAGCAAAAGUCGAACGAUCAAGUAAAGAGGUGUGGAGAUCUUAGUUGUAACAAUCCAAGUUUGGAGUUCACGUUAGGAAGACCCGAUUGGCACAAUACAUGACUUUCUUGAUUUGAAAUAUAUAUAUAUAUAUAUAUAUAUGAACUUGGAACAUGCAUGUAUGCAGUUAUAUCGUUGUGACGAUAAGUUUCUCAGCGGAAAAGUUGAAGUACACGUAAAGAGAGAGCCAAAUAAGUGAAUCACUUCAAAGAAGUGAAUCACUACAAAGAAGUGAGAAAAUUUGGAGUUUUUUUUUUCUCAAGUUCCAUUGAUGAUUUGACUACGAAGUGGCUUAUCUAUAUAUGAAUUUUUGUUUCGGUUUCCUGAGGAUGAUCUGGUGAGAUCAUAAGUUAUAUAUAAUUGGAAGUUUGGAUUCUUUUUUGUUUGGAAAGAAAGCUUCUUGGUGGGUCAGAGGGUUUCUUUCUAGUGUUUCUUUUGGGUCAAAGGUUUCUUUCUAGUCUAUAUUUGUUUUUUUUUGUCAUCAUAUUUGGGUUUCUAGAGCUGAAAUGUAGACAGAGAGAGAGACUGAGUUGAAUUUUCAUAAUGUAUAUAUUAUUCAUUA